GCGUUAACCUGCCCGGCGCCUCCUCUCACUCUGGAUCGUGGAAGCCGAAGACUUGGAGCUAAGGUCGAUCUGAACUCACCGGCUUCUGCUCAUCUUUUGAUUGGCCAAAAUGUACACUUCAAGAAAGAAAAUCCACAAGGAUAAUGAUGCUGAACCCACUGAAUUUGAGGAGACAGUUGCACAGUACCUAUUUGAUUUGGAGAACACCAAUCAGGAGCUGAAAAGUGACCUGAAGGAUCUCUACAUAAAUCAAGCUGUUCAAAUGGAUGUUGCUGGGAACCGCAAAGCUGUUGUUAUCUAUGUACCUUACAGAUUGAGGAAGGCAUUCCGCAAGAUUCAUCUCAGACUUGUUAGGGAAUUGGAAAAGAAAUUCAGUGGAAAGGAUGUUGUCGUGAUUGCUACGAGAAGGAUUUUGCGGCCACCAAAGAAAGGUUCUGCUGUUCAGCGACCUCGCACCCGCACCCUAACAGCUGUCCAUGAUGCCAUGCUGGAGGAUGUUGUGCAUCCUGCUGAGAUUGUUGGCAAGCGAGUCAGAUAUAGGGUUGAUGGAUCAAAAAUAAUGAAGGUAUUCCUGGACCCUAAGGAGCGCAAUAAUACUGAAUACAAGCUAGGAACUUUUUCUGGAGUUUACAGGAAGCUUACUGGGAAAGAUGUAGUAUUUGAUUAUCCAAUCACUGAAGCCUGAAAUGCUUCUUCGUUUGAUGGAGUCUGUAUUUUAGUGCAGUGUUUUAUUUCUAGCAAUAUUACGAGUUUUGUUUUAUGCCGUUCGAAAUUUUGAUUUUUGGACUUGGAUUUCUCCGUCAUCACAUUGAAACAAAGAGUAUUUAGUGAUGCGCCUGAAUUUAAAAUUGAAUUCUUUUUUGGGUAA